AUUAACGGUAAAACAUCAAGAAAAAAGUUUUAUGAUGAAAAAUAUUUUCAACUUUUAUUUUUUCCUUUGUUUUCUUUACUCAGUUUUUUGUGAUGAUUUCAAAUGCCCUGUAAGGGGUAAAAAAGGUGAAUGGAAAGUUCCAAAUGUUCUCAGUUUAAUUGAUAAACAAACUGGUUAUCGUGCUUCAGUUGAAGUCAUUAAUCCAACUCGAAAUAAUUUAAUCUAUGAUUAUUAUGAUGUGGAAAAUAAAGUUGGCUUUAUUGACUUGGAAGCGACCGUUCAGGAUGUGAUGAAUCGACGUUACUACUACCAUUCAACAGAGGAAAAGCUUGCUGUACGAGAAGGUACAUGUACGAGACUUGAUUUAACCCAUAACGAGAAGAUCAAAUCGGUUAAAGAUUGGUUCGAACCAGCUGAUAUUGUCGCUAGUUCAGGGAUAUUCAAAGAUUUGGUUCAUUUGGGACCAACAGCAUUGAUGAUUUAUGCCAACAAUAUUAGUGAUAAAGCUUCGUUCAUAGGAUCCGAAAUGAUUGAAGGUCGUACUCUUAAUCAUUGGUUUUAUUGCACGACCCCUAGAGGACCUUACAUUGACUUUUUUAUUGAUGCUAAGACCUCAUUACCCUAUCGGUUCUCUUUGGGUUUCCCUAAAUGGAUUGAGAAUCAGGUCCUUUCAGCAAAUGAAACUCAAUCAGUUAAAAAGCAAGUUGAUUCCGAUGAAAAAUAUGUUUACAACUUCUACAUGUUCGAACCGUUGGUCAUAACAUCAGAUGAGCCAAUUCCUUAUCCAUUGGGUUAUGGAUGGUAGCGUAAAGAUACUCGUCCAUCUACUCCAUUACCCGAUUUUAGUAAAGUUAAAGAGUUCACUAUGGACAUGGAGGCGAUAAUAACCUAUUCUGAUCGUGAGCUUAUCAAAUCAACUGCUCGAAUAACGAAACGAGGCGAUGAUAUUUCAUUCGAAAUCAAAGAAGAAAAUUUUUCUGUGCGUUUCGUUGAAAUGCCUCUUCCUUUAGGGCGAUUUAGAGUUGAUGAACACACCGGUCACUGUAGAUAUGAAUCAGCAGAUCAUCCAUCUUCGGAUACACUAGUCACUCGCUGGCCUCAUCGUGGAGAUCAUGGCUUUAACCUACUUUAUUAUCUGGUAAUGAAACCACCUCAACAUAUUUCACCCACAACUUUCAUCGGUGAAAUAACUUUAGGACCUCUUCGAGUGGAAGAAUACCGAGUAAAGGACUUCUUCUCCUAUUCAGUUGCUGCCAUUAUUGACUAUUAUUAUAUUCAGAAUAACAGUGAUUCCGUUCCAAGUAAAGUCAUAUUCACCAAAGACCGAAGCGAUCAUUAUUAUAAAUAUCCUAAUACACCAACUCAAGUUGAAGUAACCAUAAUUAACUACCAAGACUCAAACAUUGAUUAUGAAGAUAGUUUCGAUGUUUCUGGCUGUUAUGAAGAACCAGGAAACUUUACUUGGUUUCAACUUCUCUUUUCAAAUCCUUUACUGAGAGAAGUCAAUAUGCAAGCAAUUAAGGAAUCAACAGAAGAAUACUUGACUUCAUUCAUUCCAAUAACUCGCAUUGGUGAAAUUCAUACACAAGAAGUCGAUUCCAAUAUAUAUGUUACUGUUAAGCUUUAUGAUCGUGUGCAUUUCAUUAAGGGUUAUACUGCGUCACUCAAACAAACAAUUACAAAUCCUUCAAAUAUCGUGGUACGAAAGAAAGUCGAAGACUGUGAACAGAUAUGCAGUGCAACUGAAAGGUGUUUUUCUUUUAGUUAUUGUUCCAAUUAUGAUUGUUCAAUAUACCAAAGUACUGCAUGGGAUUUAGGUUCUGCCGAGACCAAAGAUGGUUGCACUUAUUUUAAACGGCCUAGAUAUCAAUUUGAUCUUAUACCAUUAAAUAACAAAAAUUAUCUGACGGCCAUGUCACACGUAUUACAACAGAUAAGGAAUAAAGCCUCAUCAGGCGAUUUUAGUUUGCAUAAUAGGUUAGUAGCUGAAGACCUGUUCAUUGUGAGUGGACCUGAAGUGAUUGGUGAUAUUUCCCAGGAGCUACAUACAAGUGGAUCCAAUUUUUUAAAAGCUGAUGAUUUUCCGAUGCUAUACACUAAUCGUCAUUUCAAUAAAGCACAAUUCAAGAUCGAGAAAAGUACUCUUCAAAAUUGUUUCAUGGCUUGCUUGAAUGAUGAUGAUUGCAAUACACUUUCAUAUUGCAUCAAUCAGAAUAAUGAAUGUAUUCUGAGUGGAGAAACGCCGAGUUCAUUGAAAGACGCAUUUGAAGACAAAACAAGUCAUGCAGAUGGAUGCAACAUCUAUCAAAAAUCCUUCAUAAACCUAUUCCAUGAGUAUCCUGGUAAAAAUCUAGUUGUGGAUGCCAUCUCAACCAUAUGAUGUAUCAAUUGCUGAUUGUGCUAACAAAUGUGCUCAAUCAAGUUCAUUCAAUUGUGCAUCAUUCGAUUUCUGUGAAAACAAUGAUAAGAACCAAUCUCUUUGUUUUUUGCAUGUUAAUCACAUUGAGAUAGAUGAAACUCGUGAAAUAAAUAUAACAAACUGGAAGUUUGCUGAAGCUGGAUGUUCCCAUUAUUCAAAGAAAUCUGAACUUGAUUAUGAACAUAAAGUUGGACUUGCAUUGAAAGAUAACAUGAAAGAAUCAAUUGUUGGCACCUUUGCCCAUCUAUCGUUAGAAAACUGUGCUUCCAAAUGCAAUUCAGAUCCUGAUUGUUUUACACUUGAAUAUUGUGAAUCGGCUGAUUAUAAUAAAAUAACCGAUAAAAGUGUUUCAUUGUUGAGUUGUACAUUGACCAAUUUAAAACCAAAUAACGUUAAUCAAUCUCAACUAUUUGAAGAAUCGAAAAACGACAAAAAAAUUUGUUCCAUUUACAUCAAUCAUAAGAAAAUCAAAGGACAGAGCAAAAUUGAUCCACAUACAUCUGAAGCAUUAACGAAAACAUUAACGAAAUCAAAUAACUUAGCAUUAGCAAUCGGGUUGGGCACAAUAGUACUUAUAUUGGCGUUUGCUGGUGGAUUCAUUGGAUUCAAAUUCGCUGUAAAGAAAGGAUUCAUUUCAUAAACCAAAUUAAUGGAAACUAACAUCAUUAUUGUAAAUUAUUUAUGUUUGAAAUUAAGUAAAAAGACGAAAAUAAAAUUGAAUGAAACAAAAA